AUGCCUCCUGCUCUCCCCUCCGAUAUCCACGUCGCCGGCGAUGACUUUGUGGCCCCGCGACCUGGUGAAUGGGUCCGUUUUUGCCAAUGGGCUCCCUGGGCCCGCGGGAAGACUGCCGGUGCUUACCGGAGCACUACCAUCUCAGUCCUAAGCACUGCCAUUGCUCGCGAUCUUUCGCUACGCCCACUCAGUGUGCAGACCCCACUUUCUUUCAGCGAGGAAAUCGGCCAGAGCAUCAACCACAUCGAAGCAGUGCUUAUUUACCUUACCGGCAACGAAGUCGACGACACCCCUUGCCGAUUCUGCCUCGACGGUCACGGCCCGUUCCCCAUCUGCGUUGUAUCUUCCGCAAAUGGCGUUGCCAAGGUUUGCGCUAAUUGUCGCUGGUCGAAGCGCCAGUGCACCGUCACCACCCUCAACCGCCAGUAUAUGAGUCACAUGUGGCGUGAGAGGCUUAUCGAAACUGACGCUUGGAACGACUUCGAGGAGGCCAUGGAUGCACUAGAUGGUGUACUUGCAAGGCGCACUGGUGGUGACGCCUCCGGUCAGGCCCUCGCGCCCAGUUCGGAGCCUCCGCGCAUUACCCUUCACGGUGCUAGGUUGCAGGUCAUCGAGAUGGUAAUCGCCCUUCGUCAGUAUGUGAAUGAUCGCAAUUUGUAA